UUCUUUGACUGAUAGAUAGUAUUGUAGAACAGAUAGGACACUUCAGACGCUCGUGAGAGACAUUAUCAAUACAGGAUGCUUGACAAGUGUGCUAUCGAUGGCGUGCAUAAUCACAGGCGCAGCAAUGCCAAACAACUUCAUCUACCUUGCAAUCGAGUGGCUACUGUCCAAAUUAUAUGUGAACUCCUAUAUGGCUCUACUGAACGCACGUUAUUACCACGAUGGAAGCGCACACACUUCACAAGCCCGACCCCCGCAAGUCUACCGCCCAGAGUUACAGAUCAAAGUUUCACAGGACGUAUUCCCCCGAAUUUCCACAUCGGACAAGUUGCAGGUCCCCGACAAGGCUCGGGAACACCCCGCUUACUACACUCCUGUCGCGGUCCGUUCGAAGACAGCUGACAGUGCGUACAUUUGUUGAUGGAGGAUUCAGGCGGGAUGUGCCCAUCCCAUUGAAGUGGUCACAGAGUCGUUCUCGAAGUUUUAUCAGUGUACCGGCAUCUCUCGAGGGUAGACCAGAUUUCUGAAUAUUCAACU